GUUGUAACGAAAUUUUUGGAUAAGAUAAAUUGAGAACAGUAUUAGAAUUCUGUUUUUCGAAAAAAUCAUAACGAAUUGCAAGUUAAAUGCGUAUAUAUUCUGGAGAGAUGCGUGCUAGUUGAAAGAUGCUUUAUUUACAUAACCUUUGACCAAGUCAAGGUGUUGCUGUAUGGCGGUCCCUGUUGGCCAUAGUCCAAAACGUAAAAUGCUUGAUGCGGAUUCUUUGUUCGAGAGGCUGCUUCGUGAGGCUGCCAAUUUAGUCCCGAAAAUGAGUACUCCAAAGCUAACAUAUGCCCUUAAAGUGACAUCUUCACUUCAACAGAAAAUAACUGAUACGGUUGCAUCAAGGUUACCGCAAGAAAAAUCCUCAGAACAAGUGGGAGAUACAGAUCGCCAACAAAUCCAUCUUGAAAAUGUGUUAUCUCAAGGUAUGCAUCAAGAGACUACACUUAUUACGUCUGAUUCUGACCAGAUUCGUCGCACUGUUGUGAAUCAACUGGAUGGAAGCUAUGGUGGCAUUACUAUUUUCCCACAACUUAAUCACAUAGGCCACAAUACUAAAGAUGGAAACGAUAGUGUGACAGUAUCCGAAAUGUCAUCUAUCAGCUACCCAGCAGGGACAUUCCUUUCUCCCAUGAAUACAAUGACUGCCAUGAUGUCUAGUGGUACUGGUAUGAGUGGGUGUGGUGCUCUUUUGGUUCCUCUUGUUGCUGGCAGUCAUGGCACAACUUUGCUAUCAUCUAAUAUGACUCCCGUUUCAUCUCAGCUAUCAGGAGUCGCAGACUCUUCUGUUUUAAUGAGUACAAACAACACACCUUUAACAAGCAAUUCAAUCAAUUUUGGUCCCUCCAGCAGUGCUAAUGCCUUCACUAAUUCUUCAGUUCAUAAUAGUGGUUCAAAACCGGAUAUUAACAUCCCGACAUCCAAUUCACAGCCAAAUGGACAGUUGAGGAAUGCCAAGGGGGUCGUAGAAAUGAAACCAGAACCUCUUGAUUGUUUUGGAAGAGUUACCGCAGGUAAAACGGAAGAUCUUUUAACUUCGGGAUCUCAAAACGAUAUGAACACAGUGAGUUUUCUCCAACUGUCUUCGAUUGCACCCUUUACAUUGUCAUCUUCUGCAGUGACCAUGAGCACACCUACUCCAGUUCAAGUUUCACGAGUUAGUGGAAUAGUGACUACAAAUUCGACCGAUGUAAAUAGCUCAGCGCUUUCUGAAACUACUCUGAAUUCAAGUUCUAAAGCAUCUUCUGGUUCUGGACCUUAUCGUUGUAGAGAGUGUGAUAAAGAAUUUCGGAUAUUACGUUAUUUAGAAAAGCACAGACGUAUACACACUGGUGAAAAACCAUAUCAAUGUUGUUAUUGUGGUCGACAGUUCAACGACUGGCCAAAUAUGAAUCGACAUAAACGGAUACACACUGGUGAACGACCUUAUCGCUGUACCGUAUGCACCAAGACAUUUUCACAACCAGCAGUGUACAACGAACAUGUGAAGCGACAUACUGGAGAACGACCCUACAUAUGUACAGUAUGCGCAAAAGGAUUCCCUCGAGCUGCUCGCCUCGCUGUUCAUAUGCGUGUUCAUACAGGUGAACGUCCCUACCCAUGCACUUCCUGUGACAGAAGAUUUAGUCAACCACAUCAUUUGGCUGCUCAUCUUCGUGUUCAUAGCGGUGAUCGACCUUACUCUUGCCCGAGAUGUGAUGUAAGUUUUGCUUGUAUAUCCAAUUUACGUCGACAUCGCAAGCAAGUUCAUCCAACAAGUCCUCCUCCAUCUGAAAACUCCGAUGGUAAUGAGAUGAAAAGUGGAAAUGAUGAAAAGAAACCAUCACUUCAACUUAUUACUUCCAGUGUUUCAGAGAAUAUCAGUUCCUCCUCGGUAGUUACUAUGGAGACACCAUCGUACAUGUCUUCUUCCGCUUUGUCGGCUGAUACACCAGUUGCAAUCGCUGCUGCAAUGUCGGGAACAGUUUUAACAGCGACUGGUGCUUUAGUUCCAGCAAAUUUCUUACCUGCAUCAUCAAUCCCUGGUCUGAUCUUAACUUCAGCGGCUCCUGGUGCUCUAAUAGCUACACCAGCACACUUGGCUGAACACCAUUCCCAUCUUCAUCCUACUAUUAUUGCGCAUAAUUCGGGUGAAGGGAAUAAUACAUCUCUUUUGACAACAUCUCUUUCCGGUGGUCUUUGUUCUAUUGCUCAACCUUCUGCGUCGCUGGCAUCUUCGUCAACUGGUUUAAGCGUCCAGUCGGAUACACUUUUGAAAGCUAGUUCUUCUCCAACGAUGUCAUUCAUGUUUCCUACUGUUCUUACGUCGACUCCUCAUGGUGAUGCCCUUCGGCAAACUUCAGUUGCUUUUCUCACACCAGCAGGUGAAUUGGAUCGGUCUUGCGCUACUUUAGCUACUGCUGGACCAGAUGGCGGAUUUAUCUUGAACCCUGUUGGGGGAGAUACUGUGUAUUUGGAACCGCUUGAUCCUCGACUGACACUGGAACCUGGACAACAAUUUACACUUACGACAAUUCCAACCUCCCAUCCACAUGGUUCUGCAACUUUGCUUAAUCCGCACCAUUCAGCUGCUCAUUUAAUGGGACACCAAGUUCAUUUACAAUCGGGGCAGGCAACUCAUAUAGCAUUCGCAACGAAUCUACCUACCCAUAGUCAACAGGCAUCACAUCUGUUAUCUCCCAAUUCAGCCAUAUUUCCUUCUAAUGCAACAUCUAACCAGGCAGCACUUCAUAGUGGUCACUCUUCUACAACAGUUAUUUUCCCUCCUCCUGCUUCUGUUUCUCACUCCAGUUUAGCAAGUCAGCAACAGUCUGUACUACAAUCCGCUACAGAAGCAAAUGCUCCUUCUCAACUAUUCCAUUAUCAUAGGCCAGUUUGCACUACAGGUGUGUUACCAGGUCGCCCAUCAUCCACUCCUACUCAGCAGCAAACAGCAAUGCUUGUACCCAUAGUGCAUACACCUCCUGUUGGUGGGACAUCCAGUUUACCGAAUUCAACAUGCGAAUCGAAUGAUUGCAUAAACUCAAAUCCUGUAACAUCAACUUGGCCUGUUAGUGGCACAUUUCUGACAUUUGCCUCCUCACAUCUCUGUCCUGUUUCCUCUUCCACUCUCCUGGAAGAUCAUACCGAAUCUUGUGUUCUUGCAAACUCUCGACCUUCUUCGGUUCUGUCUAAUUCUUCAUCUCUUGGUGCUAUCACAGCUGUAUCAGUACCAGAGACAAGUUUAUAGUUUCUCUUUUGAACACAAUUGUGUGCAAGUUAUAAAUACUACACUUUUCCUCUGUAUUGUUUACUCCUGUCAAAGUAAUCUUUGUUUUCUUUGAAAUCUGUUUCAUACUUUUAUACCUUUUUUCAUAUUGACUUCAAAGUAAAAAAGAUGAUGACGUUGAUGACAACAACAAUGGAGAAGCUUUCUGUUUCAACCAAAUGUUUUUUGAUAGCUCCAUCCUCUUGCUCAUCAUAAUUGGUUUUGUUUGCUGUUUGAUUUCUUUUUUUUUGAUUUUGAUAACUUCAUCAUGAUAUGUACAAAUGCCUCACUUGUGUGUCUGUUUUGAAUAAUAUAGUCAUAUUACUAGUAAGUUCCAUUACUGCUGCUACUACUGUUACUACCAAUACUACUACUACUACUACUAUUAAUAUAAACAUAUUAAUUAAUUAACAUUGUGUAAUAUUAAUUCCUCUCCCUUACCUUAUUUUUGUGUACCAGCAAGUGAAUGUUGGUUUUGUCAUGGACGCUUCUACAUCAUCUGACUCACAUUUGUACUUAUUAGUGUAACACCUUACAAUUUUAAUCGUUAUCACUGACACUCAUAUAUUACUAUCACAUCCUAAUAAUUAUUGUCAUUAUUUUUUAGCUUUUCGCAUACUCAUACCAAUGUAACUGUUAACAUUUAACUUGACUAUUCUGUCGUAUUGUGGGUAUGUAUAUGCGUGUACGCGAGGCUUACUCAGCCUCCUACUGAUAUUAUGUACACUAAUGUUUAGUCAUUUUAAUGCAGAGAUCUUGUUGUUAUAGACACUAAUAUAUUUCUUCGUUUUUUUUUUUUGAAAAAUUUUUUGUCUACUUUGUCGUUGUUUUUUCUCCUUUAUUUCUCUUUGAAACGUAUAAUGAUUUGUGCACUUUAUAUCCCCUCUUUUUGUAUUUGGUCUCUGAUGUAUUCUACUUUUUGUGUUUUUUAAAUGCAGACACACAUACAAACAUAAUGUUCUUUUCACUGAACACAUUUAUGUACAGUCUUUUUUUAUUUCUUUCGGGGGAAAUGAUACCAAGUAUGAUUGCUAUUAUCUUAUUGUUAGUGCGACAUGGAGCUCAAAUGAAUGUUAUUUUCUACUUUGACAAUGUUAUCCUUUUUUCUCUUGAGAUGUAUAUUCGUGUGUCUGUGUGUGUAGAUUUUCUGCUACAUACUCAUUGUGUCUAUUUAUAUAUUUGUAUUUGAUUACUGGAUAUGAGUGCAUAAUGAUAUAUGAAGUUUAACUACACAGUUAUUUAUUAACUAGGUCAUGGUUAACCUAUUGGCAAUCUAUAUUAAAGGAAAUUCAAAGUUUAAAGAACAAUUAACUGAUGUUAGUUAACUCUUUUUACUGAAUAUACAGAUUUAGUCAACAGCGGCAGAUAAAAUAAUUUGUUUUUCAGAUAUAUGCAGCUCACUAGUAUGAUCAUAUUCUAUGGGAUGGGUUUCACAUAUAACUUCUGAAGUUACAUUAUGUCUUGAAGGCUUAUCUCUAACUAUUCCUGAUUUAUCUGAUGGUUUAAGACAAGAUGAGGAUGAGGAAGACGAUUUACUCCUGUUGUGAUUAUGACUUUGUAUGCAAUGUUCUUGUUUAACUAAUGACUUUUUUGACGAUGAAUAUAAAUGACAGUGGUAAUGAGAAGGAUUUUGAUUGUGACUGUAUUGAUGUGGCAUAUGAUGACAGUGAUGGUGAUGAUGGUGAUGUGCUGGAUAUGGAUGGUGAUGUGGAUGUUGAUGAUGAGUAUGGGCAUGAGAAUGAUGCAGUUGAAUAGAGUUGGAAACUUCCUCUUCUUCAUUUUCACCACCUCCACCCACUCUGCGUCCAGUUUUAUAAGCACGUGAUUUGAAAACAAGAAAUAUUGUUAUUGACAGUAGUAAGGCGACAAUUAUUCCGAUUAGACUGCAUAGUACUGCUGUCCAAUGUAAAAAUCUUGUGAACGCUACUUGACAUUUCAUUUCAGCCACAUAUUCAUCAUUAUUUUUAGGGAUAUUUAUUGACUGUAAAUGCUCUGUUCGAUUCAAAGAUGAGAUAUCAUUGAAUGUCAACUGGCUAACACUUGUUUGCUUCAUAAUAAUAUGCCUUAGUUGAUUAUCAUUAGAGAAGGACUUAUCAAUGACUUUUGUAACAUUUUGAUAUAAAGGGGAUUUAAUUGUUAACGUUUUGUUAUUUCGAAUUUCUAAUGGAGGAAAUUUUUUA